GAGAAGCGUUAUUGUGGAAAGUUCAGAAGAUAGAAGCAGGAGAUAAGAUAGUGUAGUAGUAUGUAGGAGCAAUGCACAAUGUAGUAAUCUCAACAUUAUGUGGGAUACUGCCACAACCAUGUGGGACGCCUCAUUUCCUGCGAUCUUCCUCAAAUUUUCAUUUUCAUUUCUUUUUCACUCGUUCUUUUUUCUGCAUCUUAUAUCCCCCAUUCCUCGUUCUUUCAGUUCUUUCAGUUCUUUCUCCUUUACAAUCGAGUCGUCAUCCUUGGUACAUCCACGGUUCAAACCUGUUCUGCCUUGCCACUUGCUUGAUUAUGCGCCUUGCGACGGUCCUUUAUCUCUACGCUUCGCCUUCUCAGUUGCUCGCUUUUUGAUCGAGCUUACAAUUCUUCACGCAUUCACAUUCACAUUCGUAUAUCCCUAUAUCGAGCUAUUCAAAACAAUAAUACAAUGCGCCACCACCACCACCUCUCUGUCCAAACGGACGCCCAACCUGUCGCAACAACAACCCCCCCGGUAACCCCCAGCACGCCCUUAAAACGAGACUCAAACCCCGCCCAAGACGCGGCAGACACCCUCCUCUACACAGACUCCCUCGACUACCACCACCACCCCGACUCCUCCACCCCCAUCCAAUUCGGCCACGGCGUCUGGAGCGUCGUCUACAAAGCCUCCUCCCUCCCCGCGCCAUCCACCACGGACUCACACUCUGAUCCUGCGCUGAUAACGCCACCGGCCUCGCCAGCCUCGAAAAACCGCAUCGUCGCUGUGAAAUCGCCCAUCAGGAAAGAUGCGCAUGCAGUCUUAGAGUGCGAGGCGAGGGUGCUUACGCGGUUGAGUCUGACACCGGGGGCGGAGCAGUAUAUUGUUUCGUUUCUGGGGUAUCUACCUAGAUCUCAUGCGUUGGUUAUGGGUGCUGUGCCGCUGGCGUUAUCGAGUUAUAUAACAGAAGAAGCGGUUAAGGCGCAGGAACGGCGCAGCACGGCGAACAUGUUUGAGCCUGUGCUGGGUAAACAGCGAUGGGGUAGUCUGACACAGAGACUUAUCUCUGGGCUAGACUGGAUGCAUAACACGGCCGGUGUUGUGCAUGGGGAUAUUAAGCCGCAUAACGUUUUACUGCGGCGGGUAUCUGCUGUUGACGAUGAUGAGGGGUUCGGCUAUGAACCCCUCUACGCGGACUUUUCGUCAGCGCAUGACACUUCCUCUACGACAUCCUCGCCAGCGCCGGGGUCAGCAUUAACGCCGCCCUUUGCAGCGCCGGAAUUGCUUUCUCCGGCUGCGUUGAAGUCGCCUACUGGCGCAACGCCGACAACUGCCUCUGAUGUGUUCUCAUUAGCGGUGACGCUUCUUGCUGCUGCGACGGGGGAUUUGCUGCUGUAUCCUGGGGCGAGUCAUAUGCAGAGACUUGCGAUGGCCCGUGAAGGGCAUCGGGUUGUGGAGUUUGCGAGAUCAGGUGGGAAUGGGACAAGGGUUGCUAGAGGGGGUGUUGUAGAGAGAGUUGUUAGCGGGGCUGUAGUUAAGGAGCCUGCGGAGAGAAUUGGGGCUGGGGAGUGGGUUGAACUGGUUAUGAGCACCUAAUAGAUGGGGUUGCUGUGUUCGGUUAGAUGAUAUAUUGCUUUUGAUACCCUAGAUUUACCUACGAGGUUAUAUGUCCUUCUUGUGUAUAAUUAUCAUACUAUUUUAAUCAUUUCAUUACUGUUUCUUUUCUUUUCUUUUUUUUUUUUUU